AUGCAUCGAUACGAUACAUUGAUACAUCGCCGGCUGACCGGGACUUUCAGACUCGCAGCUAGGGUCAGGGCGGGGAACCAAAACCACAGCGAAUGGAGUACAUGGACGUCAGAAAGAGGCAAGAGAAUCCGGCUGCCGCGAAUCUGCCGUUGUCUGGCCGUGCUGAGUCCUGGGUCUGGGCUGGUUCGAUGGAAUCGAUUCAUCGAAUGUGAUGGCUGCCUCCAUCUCCUCUUUUCGUGCCUCUUUCCCGCGGCCUUUUGCCUCACCUCUCCCACUUCCUCCACCUCUCCGAGAUACCAUGCCCCUCCUUUCCAGAGUAUCUCCUUGGGGCCAGUCAGAUAUCGGACAGGUAUCGGCAAGGUUCGAGACGGCAGCGAGGCUGGGCGACAAAGGUGCGCAAAGGGAGACUCGGGGAGCUCUGAAAGCUACCUCUGGCUCGGCAUCUCCAAGUCGGUCUCAGUGGUCUUUUUGCCUGGUACCUACACAGUAGAUGUAUGGGGAAAGCUGAAGACGUCCCAUCAUUGGCCGCGUGGUUCGUCUGCCCUCCACCCGAACGAGAGCUUCCCUUGCCCGCUUCAGUUGGCAGCACCGCCCAUGGCACGAUGA